AUGCUUAUUCAAAAUUUAUGUUUGUCUUCAAUUCCAGAAUCAAGAGAAAUCUGCCGCCAUAUAGCAGAGACUUAUGAAGAUCACGGAUACCCAUUUCUCCUUGGGAAGGAUUCCCUUGAGAGGGCUUCCAUCGAGGAAUGGCUCCACCAUGAAGAGCAUAAUUUCAACCCUCCGAGCAGAUCCUUGUUCUGCCACUUGGCCUUUCCCGUUGCUGAAGAAGAUGAUGAUAUAGACUUGCAGACGAGAAAGCUAGAAGAUGUUCUGGAAGUUUAUGAGCAAAGGCUUGGUGACAGUGAAUUCCUUGCUGGCAACAAGUUCACUCUUGCCGACCUAGUACACCUGCCAAACUCCUACCACAUCACAAAUUCUGAAAAGUUUCUGUACCUAUAUGAUUCAAGAAAGAAUGUGCAGAGGUGGUGGCAUGCUAUUUCUAGCCGGGGUUCUUGGCAGAAGGUGCUGAAGGUUAUGCACGAGGUGGAGCGGCAGAACAAACAAGAGGAACUUGACAAACAGCAGCAGCGCAAACAGGAAGAACUUCAGAAGCAGCAGCGGCGUCAGUGGCGGAGACAGCAUCCUCCAACCAGCAGACCCCAGUUUCGUCUACACUCACGGGAGCAACCCAGCACAAAACCUCACACGAUAUUGGUUCCUCCCCCUGUUAGUAUCAUCGCAGCAUCUCCCACGACUCCUCAAGCAGAGGAGCCUCAUCCUACAGGAACUUCUCCUGAUGAAACACCAGUCUCCUCAAGCCGAAGUAUCCCUACUACUCAUAAACCUUCAGAUGUCCGAAGCAAACAUACUACCAUUUCUACUACACAUGAAGAAACUCCACCAGCCUAUGUCCAAAGUACUCCUAGAAUUCCUAAAAAAUCUCCUAUUCCUGUCGAAAGACGAAUCAACUUUUUUACCCCAGCUACCUCUCCUACCACUACUGAGAAGCCCUCAAGAACUGGCGCUGAUAAGCCCAGAAUUGGAGAUGCCUCACUUCCUUCUGAAGCCACUGAAAUAGACCUCCCUACUAAAUCCAAGCCAAGUUCAUCCAAAAAAGCAUCUGAUAAGCUUCAUGAUUUCUAUGAGGCAAGCAGACAUACUGAUGAAGCAGAACCUUAUACUGAAUCCACCUCACCAAAACCUUCAGAAAUGCUGGACGAGAUAUCUGAAACUGAUGGGCCCAGCAAUGUCAUUGAUCAUGCCGAAACCAGUCCAAGAUCAGCUAAAGAAGAUUCUGACCGACUCAGGGCGUCAGGUUUCUGGACUGAGAACACAGCCCCCAAUGCUGAUACUCAGGAUAAGAAAUCAGUUCGAUACACUGAGCGUACUUCACAAAGACCUGUCGGAAAUAUUUCUAGCAGAGCUACUGACCAGAGAGUUACAUAUACUUCUCCUGAGAAGCCCCAUUCAACUGAAGCACUGGAACCAGCGAGCAUGGAUGAGCAAGAUGCUGCGGAAGCAAGGUUCCCUGCUGACCGCAGAAAAGAUGCUUCUCUCCCUAAGGGUGCACAAGAUGACACUCAAGCUAUUCCAUUAUAUGAUGAUGAUACCAACCAGGAAGCCAGAGAAACUGCAUCUGCACCAAGGCGAACAAGAGCUCAAGAUCCAUCGAGCAACAUCUGA